AUGGCAACCCUGGUGGACAUGGCGCGGCCGGCACUGGUUAGCGACGCAGAUCUGAUGCAAGCCCGUGCGGCCCUGCAACACCAACAAAGUCCCGAGAUCUCCGUCCCACGGGAAUUCAUCUCCCUAAUCGUCGACGAACUCAUCUACCGUCGCGAAUCCCAUUCCUCCAUCGCAGCCACCGAACACGAAUGUACACACCUCCGCAACGAACUCCGCAAACACACCCACAUCAAUGAAGCGUUCCAGAAGGAACUGCGGGAGAUCGGCGAGAUCAUCACGCAGGUUGCGCAUGGUGAUUUGUCGCAGCGGGCUCGCAUGCAUCCGCUUGAGAUGUCGCCUGACAUUGGUACCUUCAAGCAGACGAUUAAUACCAUGAUGGAUCAGUUGCAGGUGUUUAGUCAGGAGGUUUCGAAGGUGGCUAGGGAGGUUGGGACUGAGGGUGUGCUUGGUGGUCAGGCGAAGAUUGAGGGUAUUCAGGGCAUUUGGCAUGAGCUUACUGUCAAUGUUAAUGCCAUGGCCAACAAUCUUACUACUCAGGUGAGGGAUAUCACUACUGUCACGACGGCGGUUGCCAAGGGUGAUCUGCAGCGUAAGGUGCAGGCGGAUUGUAAGGGUGAGAUCUUGUUGUUGAAGAAUAUUAUCAAUUCAAUGGUUGAUCAGCUAAGGGAGUUUGCGUUUGAGGUUAGUCGUGUUGCGAGAGAGGUUGGGUCGGAUGGUGUGCUUGGUGGUCAGGCUGUUGUGCAUGGUGUCGAGGGGACUUGGAAAAACCUCACCGACAAUGUGAAUCGUAUGGCAAUGAAUCUUACGCAGCAGGUUCGUGAGAUUGCCGAUGUGACUACCGCUGUUGCUCGUGGUGAUCUUACGAAGAAGGUUACUGCCGAUGCUAAGGGCGAGAUUUUGGAUCUGAAGCUUACGAUCAAUGCGAUGGUCGACCGGCUGAAUCAGUUCGCGUUUGAGGUUAGCCGUGUUGCACGCGAAGUUGGUACGGACGGCACACUUGGUGGCCAGGCGCAGGUCGAGAAUGUUGAAGGUCGCUGGCGAGACUUGACCGAUAAUGUCAACACCAUGGCUCAGAACCUCACGUUCCAGGUGCGACAAAUUUCAAAUGUCACCCAGGCCAUUGCUCGUGGCGACCUGAGUACCAAGAUUGAAGUCCACGCCCAGGGUGAAAUUUUGACAUUGAAAGAAACAAUCAACAGCAUGGUGGAUGGCUUAGGAGGGUUUGCACAGGAACUCAAAGGCGUCGCGAGGGACGUGGGAGUCCGUGGAAAACUCGGUGGACAGGCAAAUGUUGCUGGGUCGCAUGGAAUCUGGAGGUCGAUCAGUGAAGACGUCAAUACCAUGGCUGAUAAUCUGACCUCACAGGUUCGUGCCUUUGGAGAGAUUACCGAGGCGGCGAUGAGUGGUGAUUUUACCAAAUUGAUAACUGUCUCGGCUUCAGGUGAGAUGGACGACUUGAAACAAAAGAUCAAUAAGAUGAUUUCGAGUUUGCGGGAUAGCAUUCAGCGCAAUACUGCUGCGCGUGAAGCGGCCGAGUUGGCGAAUCGGAGCAAUCAUGAGAUCAGGACUCCAAUGAACGGCAUUAUCGGACUCUCAAGCUUGGCACUGGACACCGACGAACUCCAAGCCUCUGUGAGAGAAACACUCAAGAUGGUCCAUGGUCUCGCCAUCAGCUUGUUGACUAUCAUUGAUGAUAUUCUCGACAUUUCUAAAAUCGAGGCAAAUCAUAUGAUGAUCGAAAAGAUGCCUUUUAGCCUGGGGUCCACUGUGUUUAGCGUAUUGAAAGCUCUCACCGUGGAAACCAACGAGAAAGCAUUGGGUCUGGUGUACACAGUCGACGGAGAGGUCCCCGAUUUCCUCAUUGGAGAUGCAUAUCGAUUGCGUCAGGUUAUGCUCAACCUCGUCAAUAAUGCCAUCAAAUUCACCGACAACGGUGAUAUCAAAGUGGCCAUCAAGCGAGUGGACGACAGCCUAUGCGAACCCGAUGAGACAGCAUUCCAAUUCUCAGUCUGUGAUCCCGGAAUCGGCAUCGAAGAGAGCAAACUCGGCCUCAUCUUCGAUAAGUUCCAACAGGCAGACGGAUCAAUGACUCGGCGGUUUGGCGGAACAGGCCUCGGCCUCGCCAUCUCAAAACGCCUAGUCUCCCUUAUGGGCGGAGAUAUCUGGGUGACAUCAACCGUAGACAAAGGCAGUACAUUCUCCUUUACCUGUCGAGUGAAAGUCGCACCACCUCCACCAAGCUUCUCAGAGCAACUCCUCCCACAUCGUGGCCGACGUGUUCUCUUCCUCGACCACGGUCUCGCCCGGAGCUUCCCAAUCGCCCAGCUCCUAAUGGAACUCGGCCUGGAUCCGCUCAUCGUCACGGAAGAGCAGCUAGAAAAUGGCCAAUUCCAAAGCGAAUGGGGCGGUUCCUUCGACGCUAUCCUCAUCGAAAACCUCGAAAUCGCAGCAAAGCUCCGCGCCCACUCAACCUUCCAACCAAUCCCACUAGUCAUAACAGCCCAAAACGUCACCCUCACCCUCCGUACAGCCGGCGAGCUAGGCAUAGCCUCCUACAUAACAGUCCCCUGCCGACCAAUCGACCUCUGGAACGGAAUUCUCCCAGCUUUAGGAAACCGCUCAACCCGCACCCCAUCAGGAUACACACGCUCACUAGCAAUCCUCCUAGCAGAAGACAACGACGUGAACCAGAAGGUGGCGGUCCGCAUCCUGGAAAAAUUCAACCACAACGUCACAGUCGUUGAAAAUGGUCUGCAGGCUGUCAAUGAGGUCAAGCAACAUCGCUACGAUGUUAUUCUCAUGGACGUCCAGAUGCCUGUCAUGGGCGGGUUUGAGGCUACCGGCAAUAUCCGACACUAUGAGAAGGUGAACGCCUUGCCACGGACGCCUAUUAUUGCGUUGACCGCGCAUGCUAUGCUUGGGGAUCGGGAUAAGUGUAUCCGGGCCGGUAUGGAUGAUUAUCUUUCCAAGCCGUUGGAUGCCAGUCGCAUGAUGCAGACCAUUCUUAAGUGCUCUGCGAUGAAUCUUGCGUCUUUGCCCGUUAUUGAGGGGUGA